UUUCCGUGAAAACUCUAAAACCAAGACAACUACAGCACCAGUAUGCAAAUCCUCUCCUUAAAGCCUUCAGGCGGUUCUCCCGCCUGCAGAAUAACCAAGUUCUCGCGCGAGCAUUUGGGGAUCUCCACGAGAUGGUCCCUAUGGGGUUUUCCUCCGCUGAACCCCGGGGAGCUUUGGCCGCACCGCGUUGCUCUCCUCCUGGAAGGUCUGGCCUUGAAGAACAACCCCCCCCCCCCCCCCCCCAUCUGGACGUCUUACAGAGGCAAGUCCUAGGAUAAGCCCAAAGAAGCCUCCUGAACCUUGUUGCCUGAACUCUCUUCCAGCUUUGCAGGCACAUCUGCCAACUCAGUUCUGUUAGAGAUCUGGGCCUGUGGUUCCCACUGAGCUCUUCAGCCACCGUUCCUGCCUCCCGUUUUAUAGGCGAUUGAGAAUAAGGACUGUCUCUUUUUCCGUGUGUGUGCUUGGCAUCAGGCAGUGGGGGUGGGGUGGAGUGGGGUUUGGAUGACUGGAAACAGAAGCAAAAUUCAGUUGAGGACGUCAGCCACGGAGGUGACAGACCUGAUUUGGACUAAGCAGAUAUCAUGUGUUAGAGUCUUAAGGGUCUUCUAUCAAACUGCAUGGACGGAGGACUGGUUUGGGUCACGUGCCACCCACAUACCUUGCAGAUUACGGUUUCUUAGAUUGUGUUUGCCCAAAUAAAGUCGUACUCUGCACUCUUUGGCCGAUUCUAUAAGCAUCGUCUAACUACACAGGGAGCCAUUUAAGCGACCUGUGUUAUUUCCUUCACAUACAUAGAGAAUUUCCCAUAAAAACCAGUGCGUGAAUAACUUGUUUUCUCCACCGAUUGGAAGCCCCCCAUUUGGAAAACUACUCAGAAGAGAUGAGGUAAGUUUUGCGCUAAAACUUACUUUUACAUUACAAGGAAAAGAGCAAGUUUUCUUCUUCUCCUUGAAUUUCGCCGAAAAUCAAGGGCUUUAUCUGAUACUUCGGGCAUGCAAGGUCAUUUCUCAUGAAAAGGUGAAAAGGCACGUGAAAUCCGGAUCUCCACGGAUCACUCAGCAGUAAACCCUGGGCGAUGCUGCUCAGAGGAUUGGUGUGGGAUCCAACUUUUGGGGGUAAAAGAAACACAAAGGCUCCUCCCCCGAGGGGCGGGGCGGUGCCUGACGAUGCGCCAAUCACAGCGCGCCGUGCUCUAUAUAAGGCUUUGAGGCUCCCCCUCCAUCCCUGCCCCACUGCACUUUACGCUUUUCCUGGUACGUCAGGUCUGUGUUUCUUUCUCCGAGACAUGUCGGAGACGGUUCCUGUGGCCACAGCUGACACGGCCCCGGCCCCUGUGGAGAAUCCUCCAGCUAAGAGGAGGGGGAGAAAGCCGGUGGGCAUGCCAGGCUCAAGUCGCAAGACCCCGAGCCUUUCUGUGUCCAAGCUGAUCACGGAGGCUCUCGCCGUGUCCCAGGAGCGAGCUGGCAUGUCCCUGGCCGCGCUCAAGAAGGCGCUGGCGGCCGCCGGCUACGACGUGGAGAAGAACAACAGCCGCAUCAAGCUGGGCCUCAAGAGCCUGGUGAGCAAGGGCACCCUGGUGCAGAUCAAGGGCACCGGCGCCUCGGGCUCCUUCAAGCUCAACAAGAAGGCCAUUCCUGAACCCCGCAAGAGCAAGGUCAAAAGGCCCACUUCUGCCAAGGCGAAGAAGCUGAUCUCCAAGGGUUCGAAGUCCCCGAAGAGUGCCAAGACCACCCAGAAGGCCAAGAAGCCUCGGGCAGCAACAGCCCCGAAAGCACCCCGAGGCAGCAGGAAGGCUAAGGGAGGCCGGGGCAGGCGGCCGGCGCAGAGCCCAGGAAAGGCCCGAGCAGGGGAGCCCAAGGCUGGGAAGGCCAAGGUCACCCAGCAGAAAACCAGCACCAGGAAGGUGGCGUCCAAGAAGUAAACCGAAGGCUGAUUCUCAAAGAACCCAAAGGCUCUUUUAAGAGCCACCCCAAAUACUUUAAAAAGGGCUCGGCACUGGAAGCUUAGAAGUUCGUAAAUAGGUCACCGCACGGUCUACUAAGCAAGUUUCAUUGUAAGAUGUGGAAAAUUUCGUCAGAUGUGUCGCCCAAUAGGGAUUCCAGUAUUUGAAAUUUUUUCCUGUGUUGCCUGGUCCCAAAGAGCUUAAAUGUUUCUAGUUACAACACGGCAUAUGGGGGAGGAGGCUGGGGGGGGGGGGGGUGGCGCAGUCGUUUGUGUCCGACUCUUGAUCCUGGGCUCAGGUCAUGAUCUCACAGGUUCCUGAGUUCGAGCCCCACAUC